GGGAGGGGCAGCCCUGGGAGGAGUCACCUGCACUUAUCCAACCUUGUACCAAGUAUGAAUCAGUAGCCACAACAGGUCUCAGCUGGGCCACAUCUGGAGAACUGGGGUGGGGGUACAACGUCGUAAAAUACCUGGUGCCUCAACUCUUUUUGGGCAACAAGUAAGCUAGCCUGUGGCCUGAGAACACAACACCUGAGACAGAGACCAGCAGAAAUAUUUGUCUGCCCUCACUCCUUUGCCCCUGCUUCCACCUGCUCCGCAUCUGCCCACCCACUAAGGUCCAUGCCACAUCUCAUCUCUCGAACACCCAGGAUAGCUGAAAGUGGGCGUCCUUCAGGUUUGCCUGCAGACAAAAACAUCUCUUCAAGUGUCACUCGAGUGAUAGUGAAGACACCAGGCAAGCAGGAAGACUUUAUGAUAGCUGAUGACACCUUGGUGAGGCAGUUCAAAGAGGAGCUAUCUGCUCACUUUAAAUGUCAAGUGGACCAACUUGUGCUGGUCUUCAUGGGCCGCCUUCUCCAAGACCAUGACACACUGAGCCAGAGGGGCAUCAUGGAUGGUCACACCAUCCACUUGGUCAUCAAGUCAAAACAUGGCUCCAGAUCCCUAGCCCAAUCCUUCCCCAACCUGCCGACCAAUGAGCCCUGCCAUCAGGACAGAAACACCACAGGAAACAGCAGUGGGGUAUUCCAGCCUGCUAGGGUGAGUCCCACCCCAUUGGAAUCAGCCCUCUUUGUGGAGCCUGAUGCACUCAAGGUGCAUAUGCAGGACCUGGAAGUUGGUAGUCCAGAGUGCAUAGCACAGAUGCUGGAGAAUCCUACCAUCCAGCAGCUUCUGUCCAACACGGACCUCAUGAGACAGUUCUUCUCAGAACACCCAGAUAUGCAACAAUUGAUGCAGCAGAACCCAGAGGUCUCACACAUCUUUGACAAUUCUGAGAUCCUAUGGCAGACCGUGGAGCUGGCCAGGAACCUUGCCAUGAUUCAAGAAAUAAUGCAGAUCCAGCAACCUGCACAGAAUCUUGAGAAUCCACUGAACUCAGAGUCACACCUGGGCUUAGAGACAAUCCCAGGUGGGGACAAUGUCCAGACAUUACCAAUGGGUCAGAGCUAUGCUGAUUUCAAUGAUCAAAUGGUCAACAGCUCACAAGAUCCCUUUGGGGGCAACCUUCUCUCAGCCCUCCUGGAAGGACAGGUACCUGAACAAAUCCAGUCCUCAUCCCCAUCUCCAUCACCACCCCAGGAAUGGCAGGACCAGCUCCCACAGCUUCCUACAACUCAAGUCAUCUAUACUAGUUCCUGUGGUUUAUCCCCCAUCACUUCAGCCAGUGCUACCUCCAACAAGGUGAACCACACUUCCAGGACCAAAACUGACACCAUGGCCCAGAGUCAUACCUGUUCCAUUCAGCAGUCUGCUGGGGUACCAGCCUUACCUAGCAUAGAGCUGACCCAACAGCCCCAGGCAGAAGAUAAAGAUGCCACCAACUCUCUAGAUAGCUCUGGCCAGAGAUUAGAAGAUGAUUUCCAGCUGUCAGAUGAGCAGACCAGCUCCCAGAUCACAGGAACCAUGAUGCAGUUGCUUUUGAACAACCCCUACCUGGCAGCCCAGAUGAUGAUGUUCAUGAGUAUGCCCCAGGUGAAUGAACAGUUGAGGCAGCAGCUGCCCACAUUUCUACAGCAGACCCAGCUUUCCAACAUGCUUAGAACUCUAGCCAACCCUAAAGCAUCACAAGCAAUAUUGCAGAUUGAGCAGGGUCUGCAGCUGUUAGCCACAGAGGCUCCUGCUCUUCUACCCUGGGUUGCACCAUAUCUAUGGGGCCUGGGUUGGCUUCCUGCACCCAGUUGCAGUUACUCUGACACUGCCCUGGGCCUGGGAUGUACCAGGCAUGGCUGAGGACAAAGGUCCUGAGUGCUGCCACAAAUCUGAAGCAGUUCUGCUGAGGCUACCAUCUCUAGCUGGAGACUCUUCCCACCUUCUACAGGUCCCCAAGAUUUUUUCAGCAAGCAAAUGGACUCUCUCGAGGCCGUUGGAAUUGGGAACCACCACGCCAACUUGUAGGUACUUGUUGCCACAGAGAUGGACACCAGCACUGCUAUCCACAAGCUCAAGAGAUCCUAGGGAUUCUAACCACCACACCUACCUAUUUACUUGUUAUCUGCCUGCUGAUCCAUUUGACCACCUCAUCUGCCUUUUUCACCUCUUCUGACACUUCCAGCCAGGAGAAGUCCUGAAAUAGGAGAAAUCAAAGGACGCUUUCUCUACUGUAUACUAGGCCAUUGGCCAUGGCUGGAAGAUCUGUCAAUAAAAUGGCUACACCCACUUGCCCCCA